AUGAGUCCGGCAAAUAUUACACUAUGGGCUCGAGAUACCGCGAGUGAUCUCGCGGCGGUUCCAAGCACCUUCUCCAGCUGGGACAAAUGUAUGACCAAAUCGUACUGCAAGUGGCCCGUCAUCGUUGGCAGGCGCAGGAACAAAACGCCUAAAGACUUUGAUGACCCUCCUUUCCACCAGCACCAGCCUCCGCCAGCACCAACUCCAGUCUAUCAAGCACCACCAGCCCCGCCCUCAUAUCGUGGUGCGCAACAGACUGCACAUUUCGACGCGCCCAAGUCUCCGGCCGCCCAUGUUAAUGAGGACGCCCUGCCUGAAAUGCCUACCUGGGCUGGUGCCGUUGACAAGCAUGUUGAAGAUUCGAAUCAUUACGACGACGUCGAAAUGGAGCCUUUGAAUCCGCCGAACAGGAAUCAGGGUGCCGGUACACCUGGUGCCGUUUACUCUGACCAUUCACCCAACCCACCCAUGGGUGCAGCCGCGGCCGGAUACAGAGGAUUUGGGCCUACUGAUCCGCGUGUACGCCGGUCCCCCGGCCCACGAGCAGCCUUGAAUCCCGUCCAAGAUCCGUACGGGCGGCGCUCGCCCGGUAUAUCACCAUCAGCCCCAGCAGCUGGCUAUGGUGCCGCGGCCUAUGACCCCUACGGUUCUCGCUCUCCGACAUCGCCUGUUGAAGCACCAGUCCACAAUCCUUACGGCCAGCAACAAUACCAAGAUUCCUACGCUAUCCACUCCUAUGGCGCAGGAAAUGGCUACCACGCCGUAACCGCCCCCUCGCCCGUGGCUGCAUACAGGCCGCACACGAACUACAGCCCCGUGCCAAUGGCCUUCUCCCCAUCCUCGGAGAUAGACCACGCGGCCGCGGGCCCAACAUCAGGCUUCCAGCGCCAGCCAUCCUUUGGCUCUAGCCAGUAUCCCCCAACAUAUACCUCCCAGCCUCCAUACCGCGGCUUCUCCCCCGGUGCAUCUUCUACGCCCCCUCCUGCUUUCUCGGCUCCUUCACCUUCAGAGUACACUACCUAUAACCCCCACGCCAACACCAUCCCCAUUCCCGAGCCCGACAACACCAGACCUCCGAGUCUGUUGCAGAGCGGUAGAAAGCCUACCGUCAAUGCUUAUGGCAACUUUUGA